AUGGAACUUGCAAUACCUCUCUUUAUGAAGAAAGAUAAAAGUGCGAGUAGUGAUGGAUUAUUAAAUCAGAGUAACAAUGAAAUCAGUAAAGAAGAACAAGUUUAGUAAAACUUAGCAUAAGAUUCAACAUUGUAAAUUAAGAUCAGCAGCAUCUAAGGACUUAAUCCAGCUGAUUAUGAAAGAGACGAACUUGACAAAUGCUACAUUAGAAUCCUGCUUGAUGAUGAUAACUAUAAUACAGGAUUUGGAAAAGUCAGUUUACAAGAUAAUGGCCUUCUUGAUAUUGAGUGGGAGGAAUCUAUCUAUGUUAAAGUAGGAAAUGACAAAGAUGUAGCCAGUACUUAAAUCUAUAUAAUCAUUUGCAUUAACAAUGAAAAGGAAAUUUCCUAUCUUGACAAAAUGAUAUCUACUUAUGAGAUGAAUCUAAUUGAUUACUCAGAUUAGAGAUCUAGGAUGAUACAAUAUGAUGUAGAAGAUGAAAAUAAAAUAGGCGAGAGAGGAUCACAAAGUAUUAUUUUAGUAAGGAUUAUUAUCAGAUCUUGCCGCUCUAAUUGA